AUGCCUGUGUAUGAAAAUAGACAUCUCCUACGUCUUCUUCUCUCCCCACAGGAGCAGGCACAGCAGUUUGUGGAGUACUGCAGAUCUCAUCAUGUACUCACGCGGGGUUUAUGCCGCAUUGGCACCACAACACGCGGUGGAAUGCGUGGACUCAUCGCUAAUAAAGAUAUCCGGAAGGAUGAAAAUGUUGUCAUGCUUUCCGUACGUGCCUGUCUUCACCCAGCCACGGCACUAAAGAAUAAAACCUUCUUUUCCAUAUUUCCCUCAAAUGAGGCAAAUAAGUAUUUUCUUCAACCGAAUUUUGUAGAGAAUAGUCGUGUAGCCGAUCGUUCUAUUAUUCGUCAUAAUCAGUUUCUCUUAGCCUCUUAUAUGACCUAUCUUAUUUUACGUAAUGAUAUGAAUGAAGGAGCCCAGGCACUUAAGUAUAUAAACUUUAUGCCUCGCAGUGAAGGAGAUUUUGAACAGUUGAUAAGUAAUAUGAAUGGAUCACUGGAUACCGCAGAGGUUUGCCGUAUUGCUCAGUCAUCUAUUGCCUCUCACUUUGGGGUAUCACAGGCGGAGAUUAGACCACUUCUUCAAUGGUCAUUAUCCAUGAUAUUUAGUCGUAUGGCUCCUAUUGAUCAUCGCUGGACACUUCGGCAGGCAUUUAGUGAUACUCCAUUUGAGAAUAGUUUUGACGUUAAGGGACCAAAUGAUGAUAAGAAUCUUGUAAAGGAACCUAUUGCGUUUUUAUGUCCAGUGAUUGAUAUGUGUAAUCAUAGUGAACAUGAGAAUGUCGCUUUAAUGGUUCCAGAACAAACGCCUACAUCACAUGAACCUGUGAUAUGUUUACGUUCACUAAGGGAUAUUGAAAAAGGUGAGGAACUUACCAUGACAUAUGGAGGAUCUCCUACAGAACUGCGGGUCAUAUGGGGAAUGCAGCAAGUGUUUUGA